CGCGAUAUCCACGAGGCUGUUGCCUGAUAGGAGUAAUGGCCACCUUCGUAGCAAUGGCUCGAACGGGGUACAACACAAGAAGCAUAUCGGAGUGUUUUAGCUGACCGGGAAGAGCGUAAUUACGGGGCAUCCCCUCCUACCGGGUUUUGUGAACGGAUGGGUAGAGGGGGGCUCGCCAAAGUACACAAGAAACGAAAGAGACUCGCAGGGAAGGGGAGGGAAGCUAACGCUACCUUCAUAGCUAGCACCAGCUGGCUAUCAACACGGUUGUCACUGCCGGGGAACGAACCCGACUAGCCGUGACAACUGUGUGUCGGCAGGGUAGAAGGACGCGGAGACUAAGCACUGGAGUGUGUGAUUUAACCACCGGACAGCCGCUAGCAUGAGUGGACCGGGUCAGGACAGCGAGCCAGAGGCUAAAGUCCUACACAUCAAGCGGCUUUACAGGGUUGUGGUGGAGUCUGUGCAUAAGCUGGAUGUCAUCAUCGGCAACAAAGCGUCCUACAGAGAGGUCUUCAAGCCCGAGAACAUCAGUCUUCGUAACAAACUAAGGGAACUUUGUGUAAAACUGAUGUUUCUUCAUCCGGUGGACUAUGGCCGUAAGGCUGAGGAGCUGCUCUGGAGGAAGGUUUACUAUGAGGUCAUCCAAGUUAUCAAGACCAACAAAAAGCACAUCCACAGCCGCAGCACUCUGGAGUGUGCGUAUCGUACACACCUGAUUGCCGGAGUGGGUUUCUACCAACAUCUGCUGCUGUACAUUCAGUCGCAUUACCAGCUGGAACUGCAGGACUGCAUUGAUUGGACCCACGUCACAGACCCCUUGAUUGGCCGAAAGAAACCAGUGUCAGCUACCCUCAAGGAGAUGGAGUGGGCGCAGAUGGCCUGUCAUCGCUGUCUGGUCUACCUUGGAGAUUUAGCCCGUUACCAGAAUGAGCUUGCGGGAGUGGAGGCCGAGCAGCUGGCGGAGAGGUUUUACCAUCAGGCCCUGUCUGUCAUGCCACAUGUGGGAAUGCCUUUUAACCAGCUGGGCACACUGGCAGGGAGCAAGUUCUACAAUGUUGAAGCAACCUACUACUACCUACGCUGCAUUCAAUCAGAUGUCCCAUUUGAGGGUGCUUAUGGCAACCUGAAACGCCUGUUUGACAAAGCUGCCAAGAUGUAUCACCAGGUGAAGAAGCAGGAAAUGAAGAAGCUGUCUUCUUCUCGGCAAAGAUCAAAAGACAUUAAGCGUCUCUUGGUAAGCUUCAUGUACCUCCAGAGUCUACUGCAGCCUAAAAACAGUCUGAUGGAGACGGAGUUGACAUCACUGUGCCAGUCUGUGCUUGAAGAUUUCAACCUGGUGCUGUUCUACCUGCCGCCGCCGACACAUGGUGCUGUUCACCACUCCACCAGUGAGGAAGAGGAGGAGCAGCACAGUGAUGGCUCCUCCCCCGUGCUGCCUGACACCCUUGUCUUUAAGAUGGUGGUCACUUGUCUCAUGGUGGUUCACAGUCUGAAGAGGGGAGGCUCGAAGCAGUACAGUGCGUCUAUAGCUUUUACUCUGGCCCUGUUCUCCCAUCUGGUCAACCAUGUCAACAUCCGACUCCAGGCUGAGUUGGAGGAAGCAGAGACUCAGGUGCCUCCACUUCAUCCUGAAAUCACAGAUGAUGCAAGGGAUUUGUCAGCUCCUCCGACAGAUUACUCUGAUCCAAGGCCUUUGCAAAAUGGCUCCUUAGAACAAGAGGAUGAGGAGGAGCUGAAGAAUGAAGAUGGCCACCUGCAAAAGGACAGAAGUGUGGAGGAGCAGGGCAAAUUGGAGGAAGAGAAGCAGAGGCAGAAGAAGAAGUACACGCGUCUGUCUAGGCUCCGCCGGCGCCGCUGUGCCCACAAGGACGGUCACGAAGAGGAUGAAAGUGACCUGAGUGAAGGGUUUGAGAGCGAGGACGAUGAAGAUGACGAUGAGGAAGGGAGAGGUCGUGCUGAUUCAACAGGCGGCACUGCAUCAGGAACUCCUGUCAGUGCUUCAUCAGUGAGGAAAAACACAAAGGGAGACCCCUUGGCUGAGGCAGGCAGCUGGGGGAGUGGCUCGGAGGAGGAGGAGGAGGAAGGUGGGACAGCGUUCGAUGUAGAGACAGACUCAGAUAUGAACAGCCAGGAAUCCCGCUCAGACCUGGAGGACAUGGAGGACACUGAGAACUCGGACAAAGAGGGCCAGGCUCGGGAACACCCCGAUGAAGAGGAGGACCAACCCAAGGAGGAAGCCGCUGACCGGGACGGUGAUACCCCUCCAGCCACCAACGGACCCCUCAUGCCCAGUGAUUCCAGCAUCAGUAGUAAUCUCCAGGCCAUGUCCUCGCAACUCUUCCAGGCCAAACGCUGCUUCCGUCUGGCACCGACCUUCAGCAACAUGCUGCUGAGACCUCAAGCAUCGUCUGCCUCUGGGAUUCCCACCCCUACUGAUGCCUCUGCUCCCCCUUCCCAAGAGACCCCUCCUCCUCCCCCGGAGGACUCCCCCUGCAACGUGAACCCUGGCACCGCCAACGGAACCAAUGACAAUGACUCCGACUCUGAUUCGGAGGGAAGCCAGCACAGCACUCAGUCAGUACAAAGUGAGAAAACCCUAUUGGAAAAGCUGGAGAUCCUGAGCAACCAGGGCUUAAUCCAAGUGGUGAAGGUCUUCGUUGACUGGCUGAGGACCAACACUGAUAUUAUUGUCAUGUGUGCACAGAGUUCGCAAAGCUUGUGGAACCGCCUGUCUGUGCUGCUCAACCUACUACCAGAUGGCAGCAAGAUGCUUGAGGCUGAGCUUGGUCUGAAUGCGGAGGUGACAGGGCUGGUAAACGCGUGUGAGCAGCCUGCUUUGGUCCAGAGUCUUCUGCUGCCUGAGGAUUUAGCGCUGCGACACCUGCCUGCCCUCAGCGUAGCUCACCGCCGCCUUGACUUCUCUCAUCGCAGCCCGUCUCUUAGCCCCUUACAGGAGUGUGUCGUGCGAGUGUGUUGCAUUCGCAGUUUUGGCCACUUCCUAACAAAUCUCCAGGGCAACGUGCUGCACUUCAACCCGGAGGCGGGCAUCUUCACCAGUAUCAGCCAGUCCAAACAGGAUAAUCUGGAGCAGCAGGCCAAGGCCCAGUUCCGAAUGGCUGAGGAGGAAGCACGUCGAAAUCGUUUGAUGAGGGACAUGGCUCAGCUUCGAUUACAGCUGGAGGUGUCGCAGCUAGAGGGCAGCCUUCAGCAGCCUAAGGCCCAGUCGUCCAUGUCUCCCUACCUGGUGCCGGACACAGCUGCUCUGUGCCAGCACCUGAACCUCAUCCGCCAGCUGGCCGGCAGUGGCUGCUUCAUCGUCAUCAUCCCUCGAAUAGUUAUUGAUGGACUUGACAGAUUGAAAAAGGAAAAUGCUGGUGCUCGGGAUGGGAUUCGCUUCUUGGAGUCUGAGUUCCGCAAAGGAAACAGAUAUAUACGCUGCCAGAAGGAGUCAGGUCGCAGUUUUGAACGAGAUAAAGUCAAAAGGCAGGACAUCGAAGCCUGGCAUUUGUACAAGAUGGUGGACAGUUGUCGUCAGCUAACAGUCUCCCAGAGCAACGGAGAUGAGGACACCGCUGGUAUGGUGACCAUUCUUACCGGCCAUCAAGUUGAAGCUCUAUACACUCAGUCUGCAGCCAUGAAGUCGGCGAUCCAGGUGGCCGGCUCGUCUGGCAUGGAGCUGAAGAACAUCGUGGAGUUCUAUCGGCAGUGGAAGGAGAUCGGUUGAGAGCUCAAACGCGAGGCAGCUGUCGGCACCGCGAGCAGCUGAUCGAUCACAACACUCGCUCCCUCUCUCUCUCCCACUCUUUUGCUCUGUGUGUAUCUGCGUCUCCAAAGGCAACAAAAAAAAAAACAAAUCAACAUGAAGCUGGAAAGUAGGAAAAGAGUUGAGGCUUAGAGGGCUGAAAAGUGAAUACAGGGGAGAGAAAACAAAAAAGGGAGGAGAGAAGCAGGCGACGCGGCGCUAUAAGAAACAGCCUAUCUCCCACCUCCCACUCAGUCCUACACAUAAAGAGUGACUCCCGGUGGUCGGAGUGAGGAAACGGUGGGGGAGCGCUACACAACUUUUUAAGUGCCCCUGGUUCACAUCAUAACCAGGAAAACACUGUAUAUGUUAGCAAAGGAGUACAUUCAUGUCGAGAGAGAAACCACACACACACACACACACUCAGAUGAAUUCAUAUACAUAUUUAGAGCAGUGGUUUGGUUUUCUGUUCCCACCUUCCCUUUCCUUUGUCUGUUUUAAAAAAAAACAGGGCGGAGAAUGUGGGUCUGCUAAGGCUUCAGUUUGAGGGGAUAAUGAGGAGAACUUUGAGACGGAGAAGGUGCAGUCUGUCCACCUGCAGAAACUAAUCAGGUGUCUCGUAGCUCGUGGGUUGAGGAAGACAGACGUGCGCUUCUCCCGGAUUGGUUUCCCUCCUCUGUGGCUUUUUUAAUUUUAUUUAGAUUUUCUUCAUUUGCGGUGUGUUUUGUGAUCAGUGACUUAUGUAUUGUGCUAUGAUCUCGGUAUGAGAUGAGAAAAGGACAAAACAUGCCAGGUGUUAAUUUGGAUUUUUAUUUUUGUACCCAAAUGUUUAUUUUUCUUUUUGUAAGCUAAAACUGAAUGGUAUAUGCAAGAAUGUUUAAGGAAAGAAGCUGUUUUGUGUUCAACCACUGAAAACUGAAACAAAGUAAAACAUAUAAUCCAGAAUUUAUUUAUCGAGGUGUCAUGAUGGAGGAGGAGAGGAGGCAGAAGCUCAUCGGCUUCAUGUAGCUCGUCAUUGAGGAGACUCUGAACAUAAGGGCCAGUUUACCUUCCCUGAGGAAUGUGGGUUAUGUUUGGACCCCUGUAAAGUCCUGAACUGUAUCCCAUCGACAUCACCGUUUCCAUAGUGACUGUCCCAUCAACACUGUGCAACAGAAACAGUAUGUGUUUGGCCACCAUGCAUCGAACAUUAAAAAGAAACUCAAAUGUU